AUGAAGUUCUUUACGGUCGCUGUCUUCCUCCUCUCCAGCAUGGCUUGGUGUUUCUCCUGCGAGUUCACCAACAUGGGUGACGGGAUCUGUGUCCCCAAUGCCGAAGAAUUUUCUCGCGGCUGGAAGUCGCAGCUCUGUUUUCAGGAGUCCGUCUGCAAGGAGAAAGGCGAUGGCUGCAUCAUAAACGCAAGACGCGACAACACAGGCCUAACCGACUUCAGAGCCAACUGCAGCGGUUGA